AUGGCAGUGAAGCUUGCACGGUGGUGUUCUCCCAUGGCAACGGUGGUGCUCUCCAGUGACGGCGGCGGCGCUUCACCCACGGCAGCGGCGCUUCUCCCACGGCAGCAGCGGCGCUUCUCCCACGGCAGCGGCGCUUCUCCCACGGCAGCGGCACUUCUCCCACAGCAGCAGCGGCGUCCUCCCACAGUAGCGGCGGCGUCCUCCCACAGCAGCGGCGGCGUCCUUCGCACAAUAAAAUUAUGCUCGGGCUUCGGGGGCUUAUUUUGUCUUGUCUUCAUCUUCUAUGAUGUAACAUUCGAGGAGCUAUUCAGAUUUGCUGCACUUCUCAUGGGAGCGACUCAUAUGUUAUUCCUCAUCGCUUCUUUGGGGUAUAGCCGCCAAGAAUUACCCGUUGAAAGCGAUCUAAGCAAGAUCCAUAGAAUCUUCAUCACAGCUUUACGGAAACUGAGGUGGUUGGACAAAGGGGCAUUAGUUAAAUCAGAAGAAGAAGAAGAUUCAAGACAUCAUAGAGAGAGUAUUGAGACGCAAGAAAAGAAAAAGAAGAUUUGCACUGUGAAGGACGUGAGAGAUGUCAAAAGCCUUGUUCAUAUGAUAUACCUUGGCCUUACCAUCUUUCCUUAUAGUUUACUCAUUGCCUCUGGGAACACUUUCUUUGUUGCCCAAGCAAGUGCGUUGAAACCAGUUAUGAAUAAAAGAGGUAACGAUAUCUCUAUUCUAUUCUUGAUCAAAUCCGUGUCGACUGACAUGUCAGAGUUUACUUGUUUUCUCAUCAGUCUUCCCUUUCGAAAAAAACAAAAAUCAAGAGUAGCAAGAUUCAUUUGGGAAAGAAAAGCAGCGACAAUCAUGAGGAUUGGAUUUGGCAUUACGUGUGCAGUAAUAUGCGGCAUCAUAGCAUGGCAAGUGGAGAUUCGCAGGUUGUCGUCAAAGUUGAAUACAACAGUGGCUUUGGUUCCGCAAUUUGUGUUACUAGGAAUGACAGAGGGACUUGUUGAUGGGGGAAUAGAAAGAUUAUUCGAUGACCAUGUAGCGAAAUCGUUGUCGAAUUUUGGGGAUUCGUUUAGUGAGUUGGUGGUUGGUGGUGGAAAACUUCUGAUUAUACCAAUUGUGUGGAUUUUCAGCGGGUGGAUCAAGGAAACAAUCGAGACUAGCCAUUUCGACAGGUAUUAUCUGAUGUUGGCGAUAAUGAACGCUGUGCUGCUUCUACCUUUUGCAUACUACUCCGCAACCUAUGCAUACAAGGAAGUGUGUCCCGAAGAUGAGAAGGUGACCACAGAGGAAAGAGUGGAUCACUCACAUCAACCAGACUCAGAAGACACCUAUCAGGAAAAUACUCGCCCAUUGAAAAUGGGAAAGAGUGGAUCAUUCCCAUAA